UGAAAAGAUCGAUCAUUAGUACUGAAGAGCGGUAAAAUCAAUAGUCUUUUAUUGACGUACGAUCUCAGAGCGCGUGCAAGCCCCCGUAGAAUGGAUGUAAAAAUGCUAUAACAACUUUUAUCGUCCUAGAGAACAUGUCGUUAUUGAAAUGAUGGUGAUUACAUGUAAUUGGAUUUUAUAGAAUGGAUUAGAAUUCAUUCGCGGUGUGCAAAUAUAUUGAUAUUUACCAAGGAAUAACUAGUUGGCUUUAUUCGCAUAAGCCAAAAGAUGCCAACGACAUCACUUUACAGACAAUACCGGAACCGGAAGUAGCGUAAGAUAAUGGCGGAUUCGUUUUUCUUGGUUAUUGCAGUAACAACGUUUGCUCUCGGAAUAGUUCUAUUUCUUGUAUCAAUAUCAAGCACAUCUUGGCAAGGGCUGGAUGGAGGAGUAACUAUAUCAUUGUGGAAAGUUUGUUACAGACACCAUGUUGAUAAAUCUUGGUUCUGUAACUCAUGGCAUGAAAUACCGGAUUUUGUUCGAUCAGCGCAGGUUUUUUGCAUAAUUUCCCUGUUAUGUUGUAUUGUAUGCAGUAUAAUACUAAUUGCUGCCUUUGUUCUAAGAUGUCUACACAGAUCAAAAUUGGCGCUCAUCGUUUUAUCAUUGCUGACAUUUACAUCCGCUUGUAUGAUAGCAAUGGCUGUUAUAGUAAUGGGAAUGAAGGGACGGGACUAUCUGCUCGAGUUGAAAGAAGACGAUGAUGAAAGGUUCAAAUAUUUUCUUAAAGGGAUAAUUAUAUCUGGUUAUUAUGAAAUCGGCUGGGCCUUAAUCCUUGCAAUAGUUGCGUCCCUCAUCGACUAUAUAAGCUUUGGAUUUUUUCUACUCGAGUAUCAAGAUAUGACUGAUUUCAGACACCCAAGACCAACUAAAGUUUAAUGCAGAAAAAAUAGAUUACACGCUCUUGGAUCAUAAAGUAAAGUGGAACAAUUCUGUAUAGUGUGCCAUGUUUUAUUGUAAAGAUAAAAAUAGAUUCAGAAGUUUUGUGUCACCGUUACAAUACUUAUUUAAGAGUGUAUAAUAGUACAUGAUGGCACACCAGUUAGACAUAAGUAUCUUUAGAUAUACGGAUUUGCAAGUGUGUUAUAAGCCGGCUUAUUUGACAAGAAAUGCAAUAAAGGAAAGAACAGACGACAAUUUUCCAUAACAUUCCGAAGAUGUUGCUAUUUGCUUCAAUGUGAACUAAGUACAUCUAUAAUUCGCAAAUAAACAUGUUAAUUAAAUAUAGAUAUUUGAAAGGUGUAAAUGAUGCUAUGGUCAAUCGAAACCUACCUUGGAACCACUCGUGUUGGUCGUUCGUAUCAUAAUUUGAGAUAACUCUUUAAGAUACCCACUUUUAAAAAGCCAAAACAUAUGAAAGUUGCUUAAUGUUGUCAAAAGAUAUGGUGACAAACAUCAUCAGACUAUUACUCUUUUUAUAUCUUGUAAUUUGUGUAUGAUACAUUUUGACUCGGCAUUUUUUUCCGACUACGUGAUUUUAGACCAAACCCCGACUCAGCUUUUAGACGCAUUUCACAUGGACAUUAUAUGAUAAUUGACGAUGUUUAAGUUCAAAAUUACUUGAACUUAUAUUUAAAAAAAAUAAUGCAAUAUAAUUAUAUGACUAAUGGCAAUCCUUGAAGCAUUUCUACCAUGUAAAUACCUAAUAGUAUGUAUUUUUUUCGAAAUAGCCUGCGUCAAUAUGUUUUAUAAAUGUUAAUUGACUUGUUACUAAGCUAUACCCAAUAUAUUUUUGUCAAAUGUCUCAUGUUGUGUUAAUUAGACUGUUGUAUUAUUCUUUUGUCUUGUGUCAUUACUGAAAACUCUGAAAUGUGUAUAUAUUUCAUGAGAAAUGUAAAAGAGAUAAUUUAUAAUUUGUAUAUUGGUCAAAUAGUGAUAAUUUUUAUGUUUUCGUGAUGUUUUUAGAAUUUGUUUGAAGAAAUCUGUUGCAAUCCAUUAAAAAACAGUAACAAAACCUGUCGUAGACUGCAGAUCCUAUACAAGUAUCUAUUGGAAAACAUCCCGAAUCUGUAAGUAAAAUAUAAAAGAAGUAACGGAUUUCUCAAAGUUUUGCAUCUUCAUGUUAAUGCACGGUUAAAAGCAAUCGAUAUUAAAAUAUCAAUAACCAAAACAAUCACUGCAGCAAUAAUGUUUUACUGAAUUAGGUCCUAUUUUGUGAUUUGAUGUGAAAUGUCUAUCAAAAUAUUUGUAUAACUGGACAGAUAUUUGAUACACUUAUGAAUUUUAAUCAUUUAGAAAUUUACUUUUUAGUGCAAUAUCGGACGAACGAUAUAUAUUUUACAGGGUGACAACGACAAAGAUUUUGUACGAGCUUAUCUCUAGCCAAAAUAAAGAUUUUACACAUUUUAUACAGUCAUAUAGAUUUACAUUGAUAUCUGAGUAUUAUUUCUGAUUAUAUGAACAUUUCAACUCAAUAAUCUUUAUCUCACAGUCAGAUAAAAAUAAAGUAUUUAAAGUUUUAUU